AUGGGGCCUAGCCAGCAGUUUCACCGUCCACCACCACCUCAAGUUAGGCCGCCACCACGGCCCAUGCAGCGGCCGAACUUUCCACAGCAGGCACGGGUGCAUGCCUUAGCGGGCGAUGGCCAAGAUGCAGUUAUCCCCAAUCCUACGACCUUCAAGGUGACGGCCCACAUUCAAGGUACUCCCAUAUUUCUACUAGAGGACACUAGCGCUACUGUUUCCCUUGUAUCACAUGCAACCGCCAAGCGCUUAGGGCUACGCCUCACUCCUAUCAUAGGGGUGAGAAUCAUUGCCACCGCCGGAACCAUUGCUGAUGCAACAAAGAUGUGUUGUGACUACCCCAUAGACUUCGGGGGCAAGGUGGUACUCGUCGAUCUGAUCGCAACUAAGAUUUUCCAUUACAACGUCAUCCUAGGUAUGGACUGGUUGACACCGAUGAAGGCAGCAAUCGAUUGUGAAACAAGGACAGUGAAAAUAUACGAGAGCGAUGGAGUUCCCUUCACGUUUCCAUUUCAGGUCAGCCACCAAGAAAGAAUUUUGUGUUAUGCUUCAUUGGAUGAGGGUUAUGAUGGGCCCUCGAUAACGGGCACGCCCGUGGUCCAAGAUUUUUGGGAUGUGUUUAAGACCAUACCUGAACUUCCACCUCGAUGUGAGAUAGACUUUACAAUCGAUCUAGUUCCGGGUGCCAAGCCCAUCUCCUUACCCACUUACCGCAUGCCCCCUUGUGAGAUGGAAGAAUUGCGUAUGUAUCGCCAUACGACCUAG